AUGUCUAGUUUUAUUAUGAGCUUAUUAAAAAUAUGGUAUCAUGAACCUCGUCCUUACUUUAUUUAUACUGAUUUGAUAAGUAUUGGCUGCGAACAAGAAUUUGCUAAGCCUUCAGGACACACAUUAGGAUCUACAGUUUUUUACUAUCUAGUUUUUGAUUCACUUAUUAACAGAAAAUUUUUUAUUGUUUCUAAACAAUCAGAAAAAUCAUAAGAAAUCAUGAAUUUACCUAAACUCUAUCAAUAAAAACUAAAUAGUAAUAAUCCUUAAAAUUCAUAACAAAUUAUUGAUGAAGAAAAAAACAUUAAAUAAACUAUUAACGAUGGAAAUUGCACUCUAAUUGUAGGCAAUGAGAUUUAGCAGAAUAAUGCUAGGUGCUCAUUCCUUUGGUUAAGUUAUUAUUGCUUGGGUUUACGCUACAAUAUUUCUUAUACUCUACAGAUGGAAACUUGA